AUGUCACAUAGAAUGAAUUCAAAUUCCAACCUAUUCAUACCGGUUGGAAGACCACCAUAUUAUUUACAACCUCAAAUGGUUAAUCCUCAGAUGAUGGGUCAUCAUCAUGCAUUCCCACCACCUCCCAAUGUAUACUCUUAUCAUCAUCAACAACAGCAACAACAGCAACAACAACAGCAGCAACAACAGCAACAGCAACAACAACAGAUACAUGCUAUACCUCCACCAGUUCCUCAAGAUAAACCAUCUUCAUCAUCAUCAUCUAGUUCAACACCUGCUUCAUCAUCUUCUUCAUCUUCAUCAUCAUCAACAACAAAUACAACAACUGUAAAGACCAAUACACCAUAUAGUAAUAAUUUUACAAAUUUUGAACUUGCAUCAAGGUAUUUUUCAGAAUGUACAACUAAAGAGUUUGUAGGACAUAAAAACAAAGUAAAUUCUGUUGUUUGGUCAAUAGAUGGUAAAAAAUUUGCAAGUGGUAGUAGUGAUAAAACUUUAAAGAUUUGGAAUAUUGAACAUAGUAAACCAAUAUUUGAUCUAAGUCAUAAAGAAUCAGUUGAACAAUUAAGAUGGAGUCCUGUACAUCCAGAUUUAUUGGCAAGUGCAAGUACAGACAAGACUAUAAAGAUAUGGGAUACUAGAAGUGGAAAGGCAACCGAUACGAUUACGACACCAGGUGAAAAUAUUAAUCUUUGUUGGUCUCCCGAUGGCAAUAUAAUUGCUGUUGGAAACAAAGAAGAUAUUGUUACAACGAUCGAUCUCAAGGGUAGAAAGAACAACUCUAAAAAAUAUAUGAAACAAUAUCAAUAUCAAUAUGAAAUCAAUGAAAUUGGAUGGGAUCUAAAAGGUGAAUUAUUCAUCUUGACUACUGGAACUGGUGCAGUCGAAGUAUCAACUUGUACAACUAGCGAUAUUAAAAAGAUUUGUUCUAUUCUUGCUCAUCCUGCUAAUUUAUAUACUUUAGAAUUUGAUCCUCUAAAAAGAUAUUUUGCAGUUGGUGGAGCAGAUGCUCAAAUUUCAUUGUGGGAUAUUGAAGAAAUGAUUUGUAUAAAAUCAUUUGGUAAAUUAACAUCACAAAUACGUGCUAUGGGUUUCUCUUCUGAUGGUCAAUUUUUGGCUUAUGCUGCUGAUGAUCCUUUUAUCGAAAUUUCACAUGUUGAAACUGGUCAAUCCAUAUUUCAAGUACCAGGUGAUACUGGUUUUAAUUCUUUAUCAUGGUGUCCAAAUGCUCCAAUGAUUGCUUAUGCCAGUGAUGAUAAAGAUAAAAAAGAAAAAGAUGUUGGUAUUGUCAGAGUAUUUGGUUAUCAUUCCUAA